UCUCUCUCUCUCUCUCUCUCUCUCUCCCCUUCUUCUUCUUCUUCUUCUUCUUCUGUGCUUGCUAUGGAGAACUUCAGAUCCAAACCAUGUAGGGAUGGAAGGAUGCAGACAGAGAGUAGCUUCAAUGGAGGUAGGCCUACUAGGCCAGGUCAUCCUACUAGCAUGCAUGAUCUGAGAAGUUACAGUACUUCUUAUGCCACAUCAUCAUCUGAACAAGCACAACCAACCCAGAUGGGCAAAGAAUUGAAGAUCAAGAAAAUCAAGAAAAUCACUAGUGUUGGGUCAUCAAAAAGUUGGAGUUUGAAUGAUCCAGAGUUGCAGAGAAAGAAGAGGUUUGCAAGCUACGAAGUCUAUGCUGUUGAGGG